CUCCUCCAUUUGAAACCUCUCAACAGUACAUCAUCUCUGUCUCAUAUACAUAUAUAUACGUGUGUGUGUGCAUAUUUAUUGAGAAAUUAGGGUUUAUGUACUCAAUUAGUUAACGAUAUCUAUCUUUGUCUUGUUUUGUUUGUAAAAUUUCUUGCAUUGGUAGCUGCAAUGGCUACUUUCAAUACUGCUUCGACACCGAAUCCCAAUCCGAACAAGUCGGUUGAGGUGGUACAACCUCCAAGUGAUUCUGUAUCAAGUCUUACUUUCAGUCCCAAUGCCAAUUUCCUUGUUGCAACUUCAUGGGAUAACCAGGUGCGAUGUUGGGAGAUAAUGCGGAAUGGGGCCACUGUUGGAAGUGUGCCCAAGGCAUCAAUGUCGCAUGACCUGCCGGUUUUAUGCUCGACUUGGAAGGAUGAUGGGACAACUGUCUUCUCUGGGGGAUGUGACAAGCAAGUUAAGAUGUGGCCAUUACUGUCUGGUGGCCAACCAAUGACAGUGGCCAUGCACGAUGCACCCAUUAGUGAAAUUGCUUGGAUACCGGAGAUGAAUCUCCUAGUCAGUGGAAGCUGGGACAAAACUCUGAGGUAUUGGGAUUUGAGACAGUCAAAUCCAGUGCAUACUCAACAACUUCCUGACCGCUGCUAUGCAUUUGCAGUGAGACAUCCUUUGAUGGUGGUUGCAAUUGCGGAUAGAAAUAUCAUAGUUUUUAACUUGCAGAACCCUCAGACUGAGUUCAAAAGGAUCAUUUCACCCCUGAAGUAUCAGACAAGGUGUGUUGCUGCAUUUCCUGAUCAGCAAGGCUUCUUGGUUGGCUCAAUUGAGGGAAGAGUUGGUGUACAUCAUCUCGAUGAUUCACAACAAAGUAAAAACUUCACUUUCAAAUGCCAUAGAGAGGGCAAUGACAUAUACUCGGUCAAUGCAUUGAACUUUCAUCCUGUCCAUCAUACAUUUGCAACUGCUGGAUCUGAUGGUGCUUUUAACUUUUGGGACAAGGAUAGCAAACAGAGACUCAAGGCCAUGUCGAGGUGCAGUCAACCUAUACCAUGCAGUGCUUUCAACAAUGAUGGUUCAAUAUAUGCAUACUCGGUGUGUUAUGAUUGGAGCAAGGGUGCAGAAAAUCAUAAUCCAUCAACCGCAAAGACCCAUGUUUUCCUGCACUUGCCACAGGAGUCCGAGGUUAAAGGCAAACCACGAAUUGGAGGUGGUGGCAGAAAGUGAAAUUUGCUGCUUGUAAUACUCAAGAAAAAUAUGUACUUGUUUUUGUAAAUGGAUCCUUUUACAACUAUUGAUUUAUGAAUUCUAUAUUAUUUGUUAAUAUAGAAAGUUUUGCAGCAA